CCACUCAACUCCCACCACAUAUCCCAUUCCAAUCGGCAAUUUCCCACUUCUCUCUCGCAAUUCCCCUGUAUUCGCUUUGUCUUUCGUCUCCUCUAUCUGUCUCCUAAAGUGGCAUCUCUGCAAUUGUUAAUCGUGAUUUCUACGGUGCAACAAAUACGCUGUUAUACGACGCCAUACGGCUGUUGCAAUGGCGAUUUCGGAUAUGCUUGAAAGCACGGGCACCACAGCCGCUACCACCACCACCACCAGUAUCCCUCACACCGGCUCUGAUCUUCGGAAACGGCCUGCCGCUACCCCCGCCGUUAUCAGAGAAGUCUCCGAUUGUACUUCCAAGACGAAGGAUUUCGAGUCCGAUGACUCGGCUAGAGAAUCCGUCACCUACUCCGGCAGCGAAGAUUCGUUGUUAGGGAAGAGCUGCGAGGACGACAGGAAUCACACUGGAGCUGCAAAUGAGUCGGAAAAUCGUACGACUGCUGUAAACGACGGAGGUGAGAAGAUUGCGAACGUUCAGGAUCGGGGAACGGAUUUCACUGCGGCGAAAUUCUCGUAUCGGCCAUCUGCUCCUGCUCAUCGGAGAAUAAAGGAGAGCCCUCUUAGCUCCGACUUAAUCUUCAAACAGAGUCACGCGGGGCUCUUUAAUCUCUGUAUAGUAGUGCUUGUUGCUGUAAACAGCCGACUAAUCAUUGAGAAUCUUAUGAAGUAUGGUUGGUUAAUUAGGACUGGCUUUUGGUUUAGUUCGAGAUCAUUGAGAGAUUGGCCCCUUCUUAUGUGUUGUCUUACCCUCCCGAUAUUCCCACUUGCUGCCUUUACAGUGGAAAAGUUAGUGCAACAGAAGUAUAUCUCUGAACCUGUUGCUGUUUUACAGCAUGUAAUCAUUACCACAGCUUCAGUUUUGUACCCAGUUUUUGUUAUACUGAGGUGUGACUCUGCUGUUUUAUCGGGCGUUGUGUUGAUGCUCUUUGCUUGCAUCGUAUGGCUAAAAUUGGUAUCUUAUGUACACACAAACUAUGAUAUGAGAGCGCUUACCAAAUCAAUUGAAAAGGAGGAUGUCCUGCCCAGUUCUCUGAAUCCGGAUCAUCCUCACAAUGUUAGCUUUAAGAGUUUAACUUACUUCAUGGUUGCCCCAACCUUAUGUUACCAGCCAUGCUAUCCUCGUACGCCAGGCAUUCGAAAGGGUUGGGUGGUUCGUCAACUUUUGAAGUUGAUAAUAUUUACAGGAGUCAUGGGGUUCAUAAUAGAACAAUAUAUCAAUCCUAUUGUCAAGAAUUCACAGCACCUGAAAGGGAACCUUUUAUAUGCCAUAGAGAGGGUUUUGAAGCUGUCAGUGCCAAAUUUAUACGUGUGGCUUUGCAUGUUCUACUGCUUCUUUCACCUCUGGUUAAAUAUACUGGCUGAACUUCUUCGAUUUGGUGAUCGUGAGUUUUACAAAGAUUGGUGGAAUGCUAAAACAGUUGAAGAGUAUUGGAGAAUGUGGAAUAUGCCUGUUCAUAAAUGGAUGGUUCGCCAUAUCUAUUUUCCAUGCCUACGGAAUGGGAUAUCUAAGGGAGUGGCCAGUCUAAUCGCCUUCCUUGUGUCUGCCGUAUUCCAUGAGUUGUGCAUUGCUGUUCCUUGCCAUAUGUUCAAGCUGUGGGCUUUUAUUGGCAUUAUGUUUCAGGUUCCCUUGGUUCUGAUCACUAAUUACCUGCAAAAUAAGUUCAGAAACUCCAUGGUGGGAAAUAUGAUCUUCUGGUUCAUUUUCUGUAUUCUGGGUCAACCCAUGUGUGUGCUUCUAUACUACCACGACUUGAUGAACCGAAAAGGGCAGACUGAAUAAACUAUCAACUAACCCCUUUCACUCUGGAAGUAAAGUUGCUGUAGAUAUGGUGCUUCCAUUGUUUUCCCAAGGGUAACAUGAUUUUUCAUGCAGCAUCCCACUGAUCCGGGUUUGAUUUCAUUCAUUCAUUUCUGCUUCCAUGCCGGGGCCAUUUCGUCAUGUGCCAUAUACUUGUUCCUCCUGAAUGAAGUCCUGAUAAAUUGAACUGGUCUAGGUGCAAUUUUGAUGCUCAAUGCUCUAGCAAUAAUUAGUGCCACAAUUGUAGUAAUGACUUAAUUUGUUCACAAUAUAAAUGAUUCAGAUUGGAAAAUGUUGAUAGUCUAAGGUUUAUGU